UGAAGUUGCAGUGUAGAUGGUAAGAGGUAAAGGAACUUUGAGAAUAUGGCGAAUCAACAUUUCUUCAAGCCUCUUCUUCCCGGCUUCUACAGCCACUUGAAAAUUCCUGUAGCCUUCUUCUCCAAGCAUAUAGAAGGAAGAAAUGAGCAUAAAAACACGGCGAAGCUGAGAUCAGACACGUCGGAGAUAACCUGGAAAGUGAAGAUAGAAGACGGCCUGAGACUCACUGACGGUUGGAAAGAGUUUGCUCUCGCACAUGAUCUACGAGUUGGUGACAUUGUUAUUUUCAGACAAGAGAAAGACAUGGCUUUCCACGUUACACUGUUUGGACCUAGUUGCUGUGAGAUACAAUAUGGAGCGUGUUUGGACGACAAGAACAAGCUUGUGAAGAUUCAAAGCAAGAAGGAAGUGAAGAAGAAUAACAAAAGAGAAGCAGAGUCAUGUACGCUAGAUCCAUCUUCUUAUGUGGUUAAUGUCACGCCUUCAAGCCUGCGAUAUGAUAUGCUGUAUAUUCCAAAGAUUUUUGCAAGGGCAAAUGGUCUAGAGACAAGAAGUGGAGAGAUUGUUCUGAUGAAUGAAAAGGGCACAUCAUGGACGUUAAAUUUAAAACAAAAGAGUUCAUGUGGAACUAUGUAUAUCACACGAGGUUGGAGACGCUUCUGUAGGGUCAAUGGACAUAGAGCUGGAAGUUUCUUCACGUUCAAACUGAUCCAAAGAGGAGGAACUCUUGUUCUACGUAAGUCUCCCUCCUCCACAGAGUCUGAAGAUAGCUCAGAAGGUGAUGAAAUAGAGCCUCUUUCCACAGAAUCUAAAAGCUUCAAGAAGACUAGUUCUAUGUGGAAAGCAUCAUCUUCACCAUUCCAAAACCUGUUUGUGACCUUAACUCUCAAACCUUACGAAGUCGAAAAAUCUACACUGUAUCUUCCUGUACAAUUUACCAGGAGGCAUAGCAUCAAUGAGGAAACUAGAAUGACACUGUUGGACAAAAACGGUGUCAAGUGGUCUACGGAUCUGCGGUCUGAGAAGAGAAGUGACAAAAUAAGACUGGUAGGGGGUUGGAAAGAGUUCUUCAAAGCUAAUUGUGUGGAGAUGGGCGAAUCGAUCAUUGUGAAGCUGAUUUGGGAUGGAGACACAAGUUGUGUCCUUAAGUUCUGCUCUAAGGUGUAGCAAGAGACUAGAUGAAACUGUUUCUGAGUGUGAUGUUUAAGCUUUUUGUAAGUUCCCAAGACGAAUUAAAAUGAAUUAACUUAUGCCAGCUUGGUUAUCUAUCA